AUGGGUUCUUCGGCGGAUAGGUUUUCUGUGACCAAGUUCUUUGUAUCAAAUCUUCCUGAAGGAUGUAGGCCGUGGGAUCUGAGGAAGGCCUUGGAAACGUAUGGUGAUUUAGCUGGGACGUUUGUGGCAAAAAAACGAGACAAGAACGGAUCCGGGUUUGGUUUUGCUAGUUUUAAAGACGUCAAGGAUAGACGUGACCUGGAGAAGUUGCUGAGGGGAGUCAAGAUGGGUGAUAACAAUCUGAAAAUUAAUAUUGCUAGGUUCGCUAUUGAAAACGCGGGGUUUGUAGAUAAACCAGUGGUCAAGGAUCAGGGUCCGUCGGCUGCCGGUAUUGUCGAUGGACGUAAAGGUUUCAAUUCCAAUUUCAGGGAUUACAGGAGUUACAGCGAAGUGUUGGGAAGGGGGUCGUCUAAAGUUGGUAGUGGUGGGAACUUUGAUACGGAGGGGCAUGCCGAAGGGGAAACGUCAAAAUCUGUCGUUGCUCCGGACAGAACUGAUGCUUUCUCUAAUAUGCAUGGUUUAGCGGUCAUUGGCAGGACGGCGAAUCUGGAAACUCUUGUGGAUUUUGACAAACUCAUGAGGAUCGCGAAGAUUGAUUACACUAGAAUUCAGUAUUUGGGUGGCUUGACUAUCCUUAUUUCCUUUUUCGACAAAGCAGCGGCCAUUGAUUUUUUGGAGGCCAAGAAUGUGUGGGAACCGUGGUUUUCUAAACUUGAAGGUUGGAAUGGUCAGUCAUUUCAUCUGGAAAGGGUAGCCUGGCUCAAGUUGACUGGCAUCCCUCUUCAUCUUCUGGAACCCGAUAUGUUGAGUCAAAUUGGUGCUCUUUUUGGGAAGGUUCUCCAUGUUCCUAAAAGCUUGGAGGAGGAACAUGAUAUUUCUUUCUGCAGGGUUGGGAUUCUGGCUGGGGAAGCUGAUAGAAUUAAUGAGGUGGUAACGAUUAAAUGGAAGUCCAGGUUGUACAGAAUCCGGGUCGAGGAAGAGCUAGACGUUUGGAAUCCGGAUUGUCUUGGUGUUCCGGUUCGCUCCUUUUGUGAUACGCCGUCUCCGAUGAUGUCCUCUCCGGUGAUCGGUCACGCGUCCUCCGGGAGUAAGGAAUUGAACGGGCAGCAACAGGAAUGCGAAAGAACAGGGGGUGAAGGCGUUUCGGUUGCCGAGGAAGUUGAUUCCCAUGCAAUGGAAAUUCCCAUGCAUGGGGAAAGAGAAAAUGACGGCGCACGUGAUAAGGAGGUGGGUGGAAGGAAGACUUUUGAAAUGGAGGGUAAUCCAAAAGUCGUGGAUCCUGUGGGGCCCGGGUGUGGUAUUAACUUUAAUCCUUGUGCCAGUUUGGGCUUUAAUUGCAAUGGGCCAGAUGAGGGGAAGAUUGGUGGUUUUGACCUCAAUACCAGUGGCGACCUCGGUGAGGAGCAUGAGGUCCGCUUGGGGUCUCUGGAAUCCGGGUUUGUUGCUGAUUCGUUGGAUCAGUCUGAUCAAGUAGACAAGGAAGUUGAAGAAACUAUCGAGAUCGGAGCCAAAAUUGGAGUUGAUCUCAGGAAGCAUGGAGCCUAUGUCAAGAAGUCGAUCCUCACUUCAGGUAUUAAUGAAGUCCAAUUAUGA